AUGAGUAAUCCCUACGCAAGACAAAACAACGCCAACCAAGGCGACUCGUAUGAGAUGCACACAUACAAAUACGACGACGGCAACGACUUCGUGGCAUUCAUGAACGAGAUCCAGGACAUCAACAACCAGUUGGACGAAUACGCGCGUCUUGUGGAGUUGGUUUCCCGCAAACAGAGACUGCACCUCCACGACUUGGACUUCAACGAGGAACAGGCCGACUACGAGUCGCGCCAGAUCGACCUGUUGAUUCUGGAGGCCAGCAGCUUGCAGAGCUUGUUGAAAAACAGAAUCAAGAACGCGCAGCAGCUUGCUGCGCAGCUGAGAAACCCGCAGCAGGCCGACCAGGCCGAGAGCACCAGAAAGCGGUUUUUGGAGCUCAUCCAGACCUUCAGAUUGGCCGAGAGCAACAACCGUGAGCAGACCAAGAUCCACGCCGAGAGACAGUUCAAGAUCGUCAAGCCAGACGCCACGCCCGAGGAGCUCCGUGCAGUUGUAGAAGAUGGAAGCGGAGCCCAGCAGAUCUUCCAGCAGGCCAUGAUGCAGUCCAACCGUCGUGGUGAGGCCCGUACGGUGUUGAACGAGGUCCAGGUGCGUCACCGCGAGUUGUUGAAGUUGGAGAAGACCAUGGCUGAGUUGACGCAGUUGUUCCAUGACAUGGAGGAGUUGGUCAUCGAGCAGGACCAGCCAAUCCAACAGAUCGAGGAGCAGAUCAACACUGCGCAGUAUGAUAUUGAGCAGGGUGUUGGCCACACGCAGAAGGCUGUGGUGAGCGCCAAGAAGGCGCGUAAGAAGAAGAUCUGGUGUUUCUUCAUCUGUGUUCUCAUUCUUGUCAUUCUUGGUCUUAUUCUUGGUCUUUACUUUGGACUCCGGAAAUAA